AUGACCGAGACUAAUUUAAACUUAGAGGAGCUCGAGGGUCUGCUUGUGAAUGGAAGCACUCUCCCUCCCGAAACAUCAAUUGAUAUUUCUGUUCCCCCUGUCGAAUCGGCACAAAACGCGUUUUCAGAUCCUGAAGAAGCAGCAAUAAAACCAAAAUCCAAAAAAAGUAAGAAACGUCGAUACAAAGAGCGGAGUAGUUCGCCAAUCACGGAAGAUCGUGAAUGGAAAAAAUCCAAGUACGUUUUGGACGCAGCAGAAAGUACCGAUGGCGAUGAGGACGAAUUUGUGGAAGAAAGUAAUGAGGUGGAGGAAGGUUUGGAUGAGGGACCUCAUUAUGAAGCACCCAAGCGUUUUAUCUUCCACGAAGGAGAUGAGACUAAGUCCGCAGAUGAGCUUGGGCGUGAGUUUGAGGAACGCUAUCAAAGACUAAAAAAACAAAGGUCUAUAGAGGACCUACAGGGUAUUAUUCCUCGAGAAAAACUUUCCUCACUUCGCUACGCUUCUUACUUGCUUCCGAAAGAUUCUGAUCCAAAGGUAUUUGCAGUGAAGUGUCGCUCAUGCAUGGCUCGAACUUUAGUUACACGUAUUGUGAACAAAUGCUACGCUUAUCGUGUUGGUAAGAAUUACGAAAAGAAAAAGGUUGAUCUUGGCAUUAUAUCAGUAUUUUGCAUAGAUCAUGUAAAGGAAUACAUUUACAUAGAAGCAUAUCGUAAGAUAUUUGUGGAGAGUGCAAUAAAUGGGUUGGAGGGUCUAUUUCGAUACAACAUAACAGUUGUCAACCCGACACAGUUGCUACAGAUGGUAGAAAGAAGAAGUCCAAAUGAAAAGAUUCGAGUUGGCUCUUUUGUGCGUCUUAGGACGCGUUUUUAUCGUAUGGAUUUGGCCCAGGUCACGUCGGUGCAUCAGGAUGGUGUGCACAUCGACUGUAAGGUGGUUCCCCGAGAGGAUUUUGACGGUAAACCGUUUAGUAAAGUAUCUGCGCCCUUGCCUCCGCAGUUCUUCGUCGCAAGUCGAGCGGUAGGUGUCGAGGAUCGUGGUGAUCACUAUCGCUGGGGUGAUCUUCGAUUUGAUAAGGAAGGUUAUUUAAUUAAGACAUUUUCAUCACGUAUGGUAAUAUCUGAGCCACAGAUGGAGAAACCCACAGCAGAAGAGUUAGCUCGUUUCUACAAUAACAACCGAGAGCGUGUACGUGAGGCGCUCUCGCAUACUGGUGUUAGUUUAGCAGUUCACCAGAUUGGUGAUUCGGUGCGAGUAGCUUCGGGGCAACUACGCAAUACUAUCGGUACUAUCGUCGACAUUUUCACCAACGAUAACACCGCGCUUCUUUCAUGUGCAGCUCCUAAUCUAAAAGAUCUUAUCAAGCUCCGUGUAGAGCUAACGUCACUUGUCAAGCACUUUGCCGAGGGGUCCCACGUGGUGGUGAGAUCGGGUGAUUAUGCUGGAGAAAGCGGAACCGUAGUAAAGUCCUGGAAUGAUGUGGUUCUCCUGUUUCUUGACCGCCCUUCUUCAGUGACAGAGAUCAAGGUUUCCGCCAAUGACUGCCAUCAAAGCAAGCUGACACAAAUGCUUAGACACAGCUUCGGUGCAUGGAAGUUAUUUGACCUGGUUAGCAUAGUUGAGGCAAACACAGUUGCAUGCAUUGUAGGCUUGACACGAAACGAUGUGGUGGUUAUAACUGAACGGAACGAGGUACAAACUUUGACUUAUGCGCAACUAAAGUCUAUUAACGUACGAGGGGUGCGCCAGACAACGGAUUUCAUGCAGAAUGUAUUAGUUCAAGGCUCUGAGGUCACUAUUCAGCGAUCAGCAUUUACACCGUUUAACUUAGGUGGGGAAACUGGUCGUAUUCAACAGGUUUAUAACCAAACAGUUUUCGUUUGUUGCCGGAGUAUUCGGGAAAAUGCAGGGGUGGUGGCCCUUUCUGCAUCUUGUGUGCUACUUAUCGGUGGGCGCACAACCACCAAGCAGGUAGCACCACCUAAGCAGCUACCUAUGCCCAACCGUCGCAUGCAUAAUGCUAAAAAGGUGGAUAUAUCUAUCCCCUCGAAUACUAUUUCAGCAGAUUGGCAGAUCAAUUCUGAAUGGUGUGAGUAG